GAAGCAGGCGUGUGCUGGAUUUCUCGCUACCCCUGGCUGUGGAAUAAACAGGAAGCGAGGAGCACCCAGCUGCGUCCCGCAUUUGCCUUUGUUGUGGGGUCUGCGCCCGCACAGCGAGAAGAGGCUCCUCCGGGACCCCCCGCCCCGUGUGCCGCCCGGGUGGGGUGGGGGGUCGCGCCCUCAGUUUGGACUCUACGUCUGCAACAUCGAAAAGCUAUCAGGACCAGUUGCUAGAACCCAGUCAGUGUUGAUACAGCUUGAAAGGUUUUGUGCCAGAGUAUGGACGUUGAUACAUCAGAAAAUGGCAUAGCGCGAGGAACGCCAUGGCCAAGAAUUUGGACGUGAUAUCCAGAGCAGUUAAAAAAGAAGCAGCUGAGUAGCCCAAGGAUGGGGAAGACUAGUCAUAAACGAAGCCCUUCAAAUAACUACAGUAAUGCUUUUGUUUUGGUAGUGCUUGUGCUAAUCAUCAGUCUAAGGCCCAUGCAGGGGAAGCAGUGAAGCACAGAGAGCUGCAGAUCAGGCUAACUGAGCUCCCUUGGAACAGCUGGCGCCUGUGGAAGAUGGUGACUGCCAGGUGGCUGAGGAGACCCUCACUCUGAGGUGGAAAGGCGGGUCUCAGUGGGACAGCCCUGUCCGCUCCUGCAUGCACCAUGGCCCCCACUCUCUGGCUGGACGGCUGACGUACCCCUGUGCCCCGAGUGCACACACUGCUGGACUGGGUGCCAUCCCGGGUACUGCCUGCUCUAGGUCUGGGAGCAGGGCAGGUGCGCAUCAGAUGCUACCCAAAGCCAAACGGGGGAGAGCAAUGGACUCGGACCAGCCAAGAUGGAAGUGACCUGAGACCUCGCCCAGGCGGUCUCCUCUUGACAGGACAGCUUAAGCGGCAGAGCACAGGCUUGUCUGGGGAGCAGUAUGCAGGAAGCUGGUUUUCAGGCCACAAAUGCUUUCACAGAGUGCAAAUUCACCUGCACCAGCGGUAAAUGCUUGUAUCUUGGCUCACUGGUCUGCAACCAACAGAACGACUGUGGGGACAACAGUGAUGAGGAAAACUGUCUCCUGGUGACUGAACAUCCACCUCCGGGUAUCUUCAACUCGGAGCUGGAGUUCGCCCAGAUCAUCAUCAUCGUGGUGGUGGUCACGGUGAUGGUCGUGGUCAUUGUCUGCCUGCUCAAUCACUACAAGGUGUCCACGCGGUCCUUCAUCAACCGCCCCAGUCAGAGCAGGAGGCAGGAGGACGGGCUGCAGCCGGAAGGGCGUCUGUGGCCUUCUGACGGCUCUGGGCCUCGACCAGGUGCUUCUGAGAUUAUGUAUGCCCCACGGUCCAGGGACAGGUUUGCUGCCCCCUCCUUUAUCCAGAGGGAUCGGUUCAGCCGCUUCCAGCCCACCUACCCCUACGUGCAGCACGAGAUCGACCUUCCGCCCACCAUCUCCCUGUCGGACGGGGAGGAGCCUCCUCCUUACCAGGGGCCCUGUACCUUGCAGCUCCGGGACCCCGAACAACAGAUGGAACUCAACCGAGAAUCUGUGAGGGCUCCCCCCAACCGAACCAUAUUUGACAGCGACCUGAUAGACAUCUCUGUGUACAACGGCGGCCCGUGCCCGCCCAGCAGCAAUUCAGGCAUAAGUGCAAGCACCUGCAGCAGUAAUGGGAGGAUGGAGGGGCCGCCCCCAGCGUACAGUGAGGUGAUGGGCCACUACCCAGGCUCCUCCUUCUUCCACCACCAGCACAGCCACUCGCACAGGGGGAACAGACUGCCGUUUCAGCAGGACAGCCCGGGGAGCACAGUGAUGCCCAUCCCGGGCAAAGACAGGAAGCCUGGAAACCUCGUCUGACUCCAGCACGCACCGGAGCUGAGAGAAGGAGACUAGGAGGGAGGAGGGCCCGCUGCCCCCUCCGCUGGGCACAGUGUUGCUCAGUUUUACGUGCUACAGCCAAGUAAAACCAAAUGUGCAAACGUG